AUGGCUCCGGCGCCCACUGGUCAGCUCCUCAGGAUCGGUUCGCUGGAGGAGCCGGACUUGCUGGAUGGCGAAGGGAUACAGGCGGGACGCACGGUCAAGGGCUACCCUUCCCACUCUCGCUUGGAUGCCCCGCUAGCAACCGUCUACUCCUGCCUGGAGAAGCACUGGAACCGCACGUCUGGUCAAGUGCAUCAGUUGAGAGACGUUCGCUUGACCGAACCUGCAGUGGCUUACUGCAUCCAGGAGGAGACGGAGGUAAUGCGGGAAAGUAUCAUGGGGCUACUCAAGAUGAUGAAGCCCCACUGGAAGCUACUAACCGCGAUGGUGAGUAACCGCUAUUCACGCCGACAACGUGAAGCGGCCGAUGAGGCGAUAAUUGUCAGGUACCCCGGAAUCUUCGACCGAGCGGCCACAAUGGAGGACGGCCUCCAGGAUGGCUCGGAAAAGAUUGAACCGGUCGUCCGCGCCAAUACCGCCUGGGAGCGGUAG